UCUACUGAGAGUACCCUCGUUUUGAAUGGAAACAAGAUAUUCUAAGCGCAGGAAACUUCUUCUCCAUACUACUGAAAAUGGUAUCGACCGAAUCAGCGAUCUUCCUGAUGCUGUUCUCCAUCACAUUCUCUUCCUUCUACCCAUCAAAUCCAUCGCACAAACCAGUGUCUUAUCCAAGAGAUGGAGGUCUCUCUGGUCCUCCUUCCCUGACCUUGAUUUCACCACCAUUAACCCAAAUGCCAUUUCUUUAACUAAUUCGAAUCAUCCCAACAGUACUGAAAAGAACUUGCAUAAUACGGCUGCUACAGGAGUGGACUUCAUAACCCAGGUUUUAGCACUUCAUGACAAAUUCUCCCACAUAAGGACGCUUCGUUUCAGAGCCCAUUUGAGUUUUUCUCAUCUAAAUGGUCUGAUUCGGUCCGCCACCAGACAUAAUGUUCAAGAACUUGAUGUCGAGGUUGCCACUGACGAUUACUUCAACUUCCCACGAUCUGUAAUAGCGAGUGAAUCUUUAAGGGUUUUUAAUCUGAAAUCUCGUUAUCCGGGUUUUCGUUUGCCUCCUUCAUCGGUAAUGAAGGAUGGUUUCAGAUCGCUCCACACGUUAUCUCUUUCACUCAUCAUUUUAUACAACCAGUCCUCACUCCUGGACUUGUUCUCGGCUUCUUCGUUCCCAGUCCUUAGAAAACUGAAUCUCGAUGCGUGCUUUGGGUUGAAACAUCUCAGCGUUGGCUGCCGGGCACUGGAAGAUUUGAGUCUGGAGAAUUGUUUUCAGCUAUUAGGCUUGUAUAUUUCAAGUCCGAAAUUGGAGCGAUUGCGGGUAGCGAAUUGUUUUGAUGCUUACAGUGACAAAAGUCUGGUAAAGAUUACUGCACCGAGACUCAGAUUCCUGGUCUGGGAAAAUAAUGCCAUUACUAAUAAUAGUUCUUUUGACAAUUUAAGUCUUCUGCAUGAGGCCUCCAUUGGUUUCUUUGUACUAAACGAAGAUACAAGUCAUGUGACAAAGAUUCAGAGUGUAUCCAACCUUCUCUCUGGACUCUCUCAUGCCUACUACCUAAAGUUUGGAAGCCAGUGUAUCGAGAUUCUAUCAAGCAAUAAUUAUUUUGCUGUUUAUCUACAACCAUAUAGUAACCUCAAUUCUUUGGAGUUGCAUACUGGUUUCAACAAAAAUAAUGUCUUAGGAUUAGCAUGCCUAUUCAGGAACUCUCCAACACUGCAGACUCUCGUUCUGAAGAUCAUUAAUGAUCAGAAGAUCGAAAGGAGACAAUGGAAUAGGGAAAUGUGGGACUUGUCCGGCUCUGAGGAAGAACAAUUUUGGGAAUCUCAAACCCAGAAUCUGAAGUCUUUCCUACACCACCUGAAGGAAGUAAAGAUCCAUGGGUUUUUAGAAUGUGAGAAUGAGGUUAGUCUAGCGAAGUUUUUGCUCAAGCAUGGAAAGGCCUUGCAAGAGAUGACACUAUGCACAGGCCAUUGCAUUGCUAGAGAUUCCCUGAGGCGACAGAAGAUCAGGUCACAGAUGAUGGGAUUCUCGCGAGCUUCUUCUAAUGCUAAAAUUGCUUUUCAGUAAAUAUAUAUUCCCCAGCUUUUUAAUCAUUGUUGAGUACUAUAUUUGUCGAAAAUUGUUAUGUGGAUUCUAUUCUGGACUAUGUAGGACCCAUACAUUUUGAAAACUAUGAUGAAUUUUGCUUAAUUAGUAUGUUGUUAUAAAGCAACGAAGGUACCUUGAUGGAUC